UUUUAUUGCAGGUCCCUCAAUUGCUGGUGUCCAGUGCACCUGGACUGAGCCCAUGGCCAGCACAAACAAUGUGACCGAGUUGAUUAUCACUGGCCUUUUCCAGGAUCCAGAGGUGCAGAGGGUGUGCUUUGUGCUGUUUCUUCCUGUGUAUCUGGCCACGGUGGUGGGCAAUGGCCUCAUUGUUGUGACAGUCAGCAUCAGCCCGAGUCUGCGCUCCCCUAUGUUUCUCUUCCUCAGUUACCUGUCCCUGGUGGAGAUCUGUUAUUCCUCUACUGUGGUCCCCAAGUUCAUCACUGACUUACUUGCUAAGAUUAAGACCAUCUCUCUGAAGGGCUGUCUGGCUCAGAUAUUCUUCUUCCACUUCUUUGGGGUCACUGAGAUCCUCUUGCUCACAGUGAUGGCCUAUGAUCGCUAUGUGGCUAUCUGCAAACCCCUUUACUACAGGAGCAUCAUGAGUCGGCCGGUCUGUCACCGUCUGGUGGCUGGUUCCUGGUUGGGUGGCUUUUUUCACUCCAUCAUUCAGAUUUUCAUCACAAUCCCCUUGCCCUUUUGUGGUUCCAAUGUGAUUGACCACUACUUCUGUGACCUCCAUCCUUUGUUCAAGCUGGCCUGCACUGACACUUUUGUCGUAGGGGUUAUUAUGUUUGUCAACAGUGGAUUAUUCUCUGUGUUUUCCUUCCUGUUCUUGGUGGCCUCCUACGUUGUCAUCCUGUUCAGCCUGAGGAACCACUCUGCAGAGGGGAGGCGUAAAGCCCUUUCCACCUGUGCCUCGCAUAUCAUGGUGGUCGUCUUGUUUUUUGGGCCUGCCAUCUUCCUAUACUUGCGACCUGCAUCCACCUACACUGAAGACAAACUUGUGGCUGUGUUCUACACGGUCAUCACGCCCAUGCUGAACCCCAUCAUUUACACACUUAGGAAUGCAGAGGUGAAAAAUGCUAUGAGGAAGUUAUGGGGCAAAAAAGUGAGCUCAAGGCUGGAAUAAAAGUGAAAACAUGAAACAAAAAAA